GUUGUUUGUCUUGUUCCACAGAAGAAACAACUGCUGUAGCAGCAGCAGAGACCGGCCUGAACGUUGACCUGCUUUUCUGCUGUUAUUUCACAAUCCUGCUGUUAUCUGAAGGAAGCUGCUGCGACACUGUGGUUCAGUUUUUCACUUUUUCAGGAGGAGCAGACUGCUUUGGACAGGGAAUAGAAUGUCAUCUGUGUCAGGACUGAAGAGGGCUGUGCUGUUUCUGAUCACGGUCUAUGUGUCAGUGCCAGUUCUGCUCUACAUGUUCCCCUGGAUACUGGCCAGCGUCAUAUUCUCUCACAUGUUGCGGUUUCCAUUGAUGGCUGACCUCAGCAGACCCGAAAACUUCCUGAACCACACUCGUAACUUCUACCUCCACGCAGAGGGGGGCGUCACACUGGGUGUAUGGCAUACAUUGGCUGCCAGCCAGUGGGAGGAGGCCCAUGGGGGGAGCCCUGAGUGGUACCGGGAGACUCUGGCAGACGACAAUCCUGUUAUUAUCUAUCUCCAUGGCAACGAAGGGACCAGGGCUCAAGAGCACAGAGUUGCUCUUGUAAAGAUCUUAAGCGCUGCCGGAUAUCAUGUCUUGUCUUUAGACUACAGAGGGUUUGGAGAUUCCAGCGGGGAGCCCAGUGAGGCUGGACUGACCACCGACGUCGUCUCCCUUUACCAGUGGGUUAAAAAAUACAGCAGACAAAGUCCUGUCUAUCUGUGGGGACAUUCUCUAGGCACGGGAGUGGCAACAAAUGCUGCAGUGAAGUUACAAGAACAAGGGUCCGCUGUCGACGCUGUCAUCCUUCAGGCUCCAUACACUCGGAUCGGAGAGAUUGUAGUUCGACAUCGGCUUGCUAAGUUGUACAUGUUCCUUCCGGGAUUUGAAAGCUAUUGGAACAUAUUGGAAAUGAAUGACAUAGUUUUGGCUAAUGAUAACAGUAGUGUUAAAACACUGACCUGUCCACUUCUUCUACUUCAUGCAAAGGAUGACAGCGUCGUACCUUAUCAAAUGGGUGUGAAGCUGUACCAGAUCGCACUCGCAACUCACAGAGAAAGAAAUGAGGAGGCCCAUGUUCAGAUGAUCUCCUACAGUGCAGACCUCGGAUACUCCCACAGCAAAAUUCACAUGGAUCCCAAUCUAUCGCAUGUGGUUCGAGAAUUUCUACAAAAUCUUUGAGUGGCAGUCCCCCCUGCUACGAAGAUGAUCCAGCGGCACAGUUGUUAUCAUCAUCAUCAUCAUCAUCAAGAUUGUUAACUGCCUCUGAAACCUAAUACAAAAACACUCUCCAUAUGACAUCAAACACAACAUUUUAUUUUAAUACUGGGAAGAGAAUCAUACAACAAAUGAACAGAGCUAUACUGAGAGACACACAGUGGCCAAACAGGGAACUGCAGGUAAACCUCAGUGUUGUGUUUUUUUUUUCUCUGGGUGGUGUUUGUACAGACUGUGCUAUAUUAGAUGUAUGGUUUUCUCUGAGGAAUGUUAUUCCAGAUUCAUUUUAGUCAGCUGUUCUGUGACCGACAUCCUACUGGAUUCCUGAUAGGCACAAACCCACAUCCUUCCUGUACCGGGCCUUUUGGUUUACUGUACAUAUACAACGGACUGUAACAGACAGUUAAAAUGCAAAUGGACAUUAAAAUGUGUGCAGAAGAUG